CUCAUACAUGCUUAGGAUUUAGAUACUAAAUUCCAGCCACUGCUGUUUAUUACACAUGAGUCAAAUUCUUUUUAUUACACAAGGCCUGCAGUCCAUAUGCAAUCCGUUCAGCCCAUGCAAACGUCUUCAGAGAAAAUUUAAUCGGCUCAUGGAUCCGUACUAAUCCGUAUUUUCACCCUGGAGAUGGUCUUUUUUUUUUAACCUCGAAUGCGUUAUAAUAAUUCACUGAAAUUAUUUUGCCUAACAAACAAUUCACACUCAAUCUAUAAUUUUAGGGCUGAGGUUGUAUGUUCUAAGUCAGUACACAGUCACUUCCCUUAACCACCUUAAUCAUUCUACACACACUACAGACAAUUUAGACAUGUCAAUCAUCCUAUCAUGAAAGCCUUUGGACUGCAGAUGAACCCUGAGAAAAAUAAAUCAACACUAACCAACCAGAAUCAAGCAGUGCUGUGUUUUAUACAUUUAUGGGGCAAUUUAAAAAAUAUAUAAAUUAAAUGCACAACCGGAUGUUCAGUCCAUAUAUUUUCUUCACAUCCUUGCUCCCAGGCUGAACACACACACACGCACGCACACACACACAUGCACGAGCGUCCCUCACCGGCGUGCACGCGCUUUACAAAACAUUACAGAGGUCUCGAGCACAGAAUAAACACCGUGCACCGUGCACUCAGGAUGUGAUCCAAAAAAAAAAAACCCCGACUUGGCAACACCGGACCUAAACUUCUAAAAACGGAUUACUUAUUUGUUUUAUGUCAUUGUGCUUAUUUGCUGUAACAUCCACUGGUUAUACUUUGAUUAUUUGUUUCAUAAAAAAAAAACAAUAAUAAUAAUUUAAAAAAAAAAAAAGGCAUGCUGUGUGUGUCACCGUCGCCGGUGAUGAUGAUGAUGAUGAUGGUGAUGAUGAUGUGCUACUGCAGUUUUGUCUCCGGUGCUGCGCGAGCUGAAGCUGCGGCUCCUCACCGGGACACGCUGGACUUCGGCUUUGUCCCUGCGGUGGAUUACGAGACAAACGCGUUCUAUGAGCCCGGAGCCGUGGACAUGCUCUUUCACAUCGUGCACGCGUUUCUGUACACAAUACAACCAAACCCUUUCCCAGCAGACCUCAUUGUCAAGAUUUUGCAACAAAACAGUAAAGGACUCAAACCAGAAGAGCUCCAGAAGCCUGAGAACAUCGUCCUAACGCUUCAGGCCAUUUAUUAUGAGCUCGGCUUCAUCGUGCUGGCUGUGUCGGGCAUCGUGUUCGUGCUGCUGAUGCCGCUGGUGGGUUUGUUUUUCUGCCUGUGUCGGUGCUGUGAGAACUGCGGAGGCGAGAUGCACCAAAGGCACCGCAAAAAUGCUGAGUGUCAGCGUGGCUUCUAUACCGUCUCACUCAUCACCUCGUCGGUGGUCAUGGCAGUGGGAGUCCUGGUCGCCUACGCUGCAAGCCACAACAUCACGUCCCAGAUCAAAAGCACCAAACGACUCGUUAGCUCCAACAUUAACGAUCUGAAAUCACUGGCCAGUUAUACACCAGCGCAAAUCGACUAUCUGACUUCACAAUACACAACAGCCAGAAAUAAAGUUCUCUCUGAUCUAGACAACAUUGGGCCGUUGUUGGGUGGGCAGAUACACAACCAGCUAAACAGAGACGUGAUGCCAGCUUUAGACAAUGUACUGCGAAUGGCAGCAGUCAAAGUGGAAAGUGCUAUUAAAGCAAUGCGUGACACUAAGGAGGCUUUAGAGAACGUGAGCACGUCUUUAGAGAUGUUACAAGAAGCGACUAGCAAGCUGCGGAGGUCUUUACAGCAGGAGCGCACUUCACUUUCAAACACGCUCAACGAUCCGUUGCGCGGCAAAGGAAACGCCUCACACACGUGCAACAUCUGCGCUACAUUUGACCAGCUCGCUGUCAGAGCCAACUUUAAUAGGCUGCCGGAUGUCACUCCUCAGCUAGCAAAUCUAGAAAGUGUGAUGGAGACGGAUCUCAGCUACAUUGUUCAGAAGGGCUACUCUGCUUUUAAUGACACUUCCAGAAUAGUAAGCGAACAGACACAAGACAUGGAGGCCACACUUCCAAAAGUGAAGGCUUUGUUGGACAAAUCAGGAGCAGAGAUUAGUGCAUUUAUUAACGCGUUGUCGGUGGAAUCAGCACUGGAGAACUUCACUCGGUUUCUAACGGAUAGAGAGAAGAAAAUCGGAGCGUUCUACCCACAGAUUGAGAAGCUUGAUUUUUACAGAUGGAUAGGGUGUGUGGUGCUGUGCUGCAUGGUGGUGCUGAUCCUGGCUUUUAACCUUCUGGGUUUGAUGUGUGGAAUAUGUGGCCAUGAUAAGAACACCACACCUACAACACGUGGCUGUCUCUCAAACACAGGCGGCAAUCUCCUAAUGGCAGGCGUUGGAUUCAGCUUCAUCUUUUCAUGGGUCCUGAUGGGAGUUGUGGUCACCUUGUUUGUAACUGGAGGGAAUGUGGAGAAGCUCGUGUGUGAGCCUCUGGCCAACAGACAAUUGUUUAAGAUUAUAGACACACCAUACAUGGUCCAUCCUGGUCAAAAGAACUUCCUGCCUGGAAUCCUGUUUCAAAACCACACCCUCGAUCUUACCAUCACCAGCCUAUACAGCGAUUGUUAUGAGAAUAAUGGCAUAUAUUCUGCACUACAACUGGAGAACCAAUUCCACUUCAUUCAGUUUAUCAACAGAACUGUGAACAGCCAUGAUCUGUCGGAGAUACUUGAGGGGAUAAAUGUAGACUUGGAAGGAAUAAUCCUGCUGGGGGAAGACGGAAAAGACAAUCUGAUCAAUUUUGCUAAUUCAGGCCUGGGAGAAAUCAACUAUGAGGCCUUUCUCUCAGAGGUCAAUAAAGGAGUAACUGUUGUAGAUCUUCUCUCCUUUGCAAGUGAAUUGGAGGCCGAGGCCGAUCAUCUGCCUCGUGGUGCUCUGGGAAAUGCUCUGAAAGGCCACGCUAGCAGCAUCAGACAGAUCCAUAAAGAACAAGUUGUGCCCAUGGAGCAAGCCAUGAGCUCAUUAAGUCAAAGUAUCAGGUUUCUACAGACCACAGUUGAGGAACUUCCUAGUAAAGUGAAUAACGUGCUGAGUGCCAUUGAUUCAGCUGAGUAUCUAAUUGCCAACAACGCCUCACACGUGGUCAAAAAGGAGACGGAUAAAUACACACAGAACCUGAUGGGAUACCUUAAACAGUAUGUUAACUGGGUUCACCUCUCGUUAACGAUGGCAGUAACACAAUGCAAACCCAUCAGUAACAUCAUUGACUCACUGGAGAUUGUGGGCUGCAGUUUUAUAGUAGACUCCGUGAACACAUUCUGGUUUGGACUGGGGGGCUGCUGUUUGUUCCUUAUCCCCAGUAUUAUCAUGUCCGUCAAACUUGCUAAGUUCUACCGCAGAAUGGACACAGAGGAUGUAUUCGAAGAUAGGCAAUGGUGGAAGCUAAAAGCUCAGAAUUUCAAGAAAACUGUGAUAGAAGAGACUUCACCCAAACGAUGAAACUCGGAACAGAGAACUGGAGUUGAACAGUCCAUCAAUGGAAUGACUUAGGCUUAAUUCCAAAGAAAGAAAAGUGAAGAUGAGAAGGAGAAAGGGAAAUAAUGCAGGAGAUUCUGAUUGUUGUUUUUGUUUUGUUUUUGUUUUUUAAUAGAUGUCUUUAUCACUGUAUUCCAUCCUCUGUUACUGUAAAAAGACAAUUUAUUAAUGAAGUUAUUAAUGAACAUCAGUGAUACUUAUUCAGGUUCUGAUACUUUGUUGAAAGCCAUGAUAUAUGAUUAUUCCAAUCCAAAGGUUGCUCAGCAAGCCAAUUUUAAGGAUGGGUACAGUAUAAUUCCAGAUAUUAUGUAAUUUGAUUCAGUGACUCAUAUUUGAUUCAAUGUUUAAUUAAUUGUAACUUCUUGCUGUAAUUUUAAUCGCUUUUUAAAUGUUUUAUAGAUUUGCAGAACAGCUUGUAAGAAAACUCUUCCUUUUUUUGAGUUUUAUGAGGUUUUAUAGGAGUUUUUAUAAAUUAUUUCUGUUAAUAAAUUAUUUAUAACUUAGUAGUUAUUUACAAAUUAUUACAGAAUUACAAAGAAUUUUAAGCAAUGUCAUAAUUAUUUAUGAGUUUUAUAGAAAAUAGCUUUGUCAUGUUCCAUGAAUGAGUUUGAGACAAUAUGGCAACUAAAUCGAUGGUCAAUCAGCUUCCUAAAUUAUAAAAAUAUUUUUUCACUAAAGAUUAUUUUAAUCUAAAAAUGUUUGGCCAUGUUUUAAUAUGAGUUAUAACAUUUAAUAUUUGGAAGAAAUUCAAGCUUUGUUUUUUUGUUUGUUUGUUUGUUUGUUUGUUUGUUUUUAACCAAACAUUAACUAGCUGUUUGAAGGUUGAUAAAAGAUUAUGUACAUUUAAAACAAACCUUGCAUAAAAAUGUGUUUUUAAAGGUUUUCCUCUGAAUUUAUUUAUAAUGCUCACUUUAUUAUAACAAACAAUGAACAGAAUUUCUGUCUAGUUUUAUAGAAAUCAACAGUUUCAAAUGUUCGCAUGUUAAGUGUUUUUGUUUUUUUGUUUUUUUGUUGUUGUUUUUUUUAAAGUAAUAUGAAGUAAAGCCUAAAAUGUUUAUGACAUUAAACUUUGACUGGUCCUAGCAUACAAUUGUCAUUAAACAGUUUACAGCUGUAUACAAUAUCUACCUUUUUUUUCUUGUCUUAAUUUCCUGUGGCAUUACUGUAUUUUUCUUAUUUAUUUUUCUUAUUUGGAAAUUGUUGUCUUAAAUUGUACUCUACUUCAUCAAGCUUCAAUCAAAUGUUGAUUUUAAGACAAAGCACACAAAUGAGUUACAUUAUAUAUAUGCAGUUAAAUAUUUUGGAUGGAAAUUUUACCAGCAAAUCUGCCUAAAUCUCUAAGCUUUAUACAGUAUAUUAAAUCUGUGGAAAUUUCAUAUGGACUUUGUGUAAAUGGGAAAAUAAAACCUUUAAUUCA